AUGGAGGCUCAGAUUUUGGCUGAAAUUCAACCGAUUCAGGUGACCUGGAAACUGAACGAUCGCGAAUUGGUGCAGUCAGAGAGGAUGGAAAUUUCGUAUCUGGAAGACACAGGCGUUGCGCUUCUUGUGAUUCGCCAAGCAAGCCCUCAGGAUUCUGGAGAAUAUGCGUGUAUAGCAACAGGCCAGGUAGUAGAGCCGACCACUGGACAAAGGAUUUCUAAAACAAUCUUAUCCAGUUCUUCGGUUCUUUUUGAAAGUAAGUAG